AGAGAUCCUCCCGGCCGGCCGGCCGGCGUGCGCCGUGGGAGGACCAUCCAAGGCUGCGAUUGGGGGUCGACGGUCGGAGGUCUCGUCUAUGGCGACGAUUCGUCUUCCUUCCUUCCACUCCUGGAAUUCAGUAAGCACAGCCAUCCUCGCCUAGGGGCUAGGGCAGGCUCGGCUCAGGUUCCUCGUGUUCAAUCCUGCUCACCUUCUUCCUGCUCGCUCCCAGGAUCCCUUACUAACCUCUCCCAUCUCAUCAGCCCUGCAACAGUACUUAUUUCAUGUGGCUUAUAUUAUGUUAAAGUUUAGACAUUCGCCCUGCAAAUGCAAAGUGCAGGGGCUGCCCCCCGUCCAUGGUACUGCUGCUAAUAACACUCGCACAUCACUUGUGUUCAUAGUCCAGAGCACAGAGGAGUCUUGUUACUGUCUCAGUGCCCACUUGUUUGGUUUUAUCAAUCUGUCUGCACGGUGCUUGCUGCAGUAGUAUCUUGGUAUUAAUAGUGGCAAGAAAUACUUUCCUUUUGCUGUUGAGAGCAUAGGCUGUCACUCCGUUUUGAUUUUUAUUGAAUAUAAAAAAAAACAAUGCAUGUUAUGACAGUUCCCCCAAAAAACUAUUUUGACCUGCCAACUUGUGAAAUUUUGAUCCAAAAACGUGACGAAUUGUGUCAUCUACUAAAAAGAGCAAAGUUCACAGUCGCAAUUGCAUGAAGUUUUUUUUUGUGGGGACACACUCAUAAAUGGUCGUAUUUCGUAUAUAAGUUUUCAGCGACAAGUAUUUAGGAACGGAGGGAGUACACUACAUCCAUGAUCUUCUUUUUCUUUCUUUUUAAAUUUGUGAGAACUUUGGGGUGCCUCCAAAUAAGAUAAGAGCACACUCUUCAGAUUAUAAAAAUCCACUAUGCAAACAGUUUGCUUUCCAUUGGUGCAUGCAAUCCAAACUUAUAAAUAUGUCGAUGUUUAAUUGUGUGAAUGACAUGUUGCAUGUUCUACUGAAUCACGUGUCUAUGCUUACAACUAAGCAUCUCAGGAACCAUAUGUGCCCUGUCAUGUUUCUCAAUUAGCACUUAGUCUAUUUCCUGUUCUUAGCAUCCAGUUCAUAUUCUUCUAAUGUUUGUCUUUGAAUUCAUAAUUUAUCGCAGGGAACCUGCAACCUGCAAAACCAGGGCCGCUGUGUUUGUUGUCUCCACAAUGUCUAGAUAUCAAGUUUGGGUAGACCUACCAGAUGAGAUGCUUCAUUCCAUUAUAGCUCAUUCAGGCUCCUUCUCUGUCCUUGCCUUCGCUGCAACCUGUCGCUCUUGGCGUGCUGCCUUUUCCUCGUACCCAUCGAAAUCUACCUUCUCGACACUCUUCCCGCCUGUCCUCCUCCAACCUGAUGUCCCUGUGGGAUCUCCUCGUCAUCAACCCUUUGGCGAUAAACUUCCAUGUCAUGCCAUUGAUCUAGCCAGCAAACGCUUGUGCCUCUGCUGUCAAAUUCCCAUAGCUAAUCUUCCUCCUGUAAAUAAUGACUCCCAGAGUCCACUGGGUAGUUUGCGCUUCGUGGGUGCUUCUUAUGGUCAUCUCAUCUUCUCCAGCAACACAGCAUGUCUCAUUGUUGAUGUAUUUACAGGUGUUAGUGUUAGUGUUUCCCUCACGGCCCCUCCAACGUCACCCAACUCACAUCUCCUCAUCACCAGUCGAUCCCACAGUUUCUUUUGGCGUGUUGGUAGUCGCUCUUGGUUGAGAGCUUCUCCUUGUGAUGGAAAGGUUAAGCAGAUUGUGGCCUUCAAAGGCCAGUUCUUGGGCAUAAACUCUGAGAGCAUGCUUUUUGUUGUGCACUUGACACCUCAGAUUCGCGUAGAGAGAAUGGCAGUAAGUUGGGUGGAAAUCUCUUCUACUAGAUGUCAUCUUGCCAACCUAUAUCUGGUGGCGUGUGGCGAUAUGCUCCUCUUGGUUGGGUGUCGGGGAUCGUAUCCAGCAAGAGGUGAUACCUUCGAAGCUUUCCGCCUCGACCAGUCAACUGAACAUGCAAAAUGGGUAAAGGUGGAGGAUUUGGGGAAUUGGGCCAUUUUCAUCAGCACCGACGAGAGAAUCCAGCCAUUAUCUUUCAUGAACCCGGAGCGAUGGGGAGGGAAGAGCAACUGCAUAUACUGCUAUUCCCAUGACUCAGAAGAUUGGAUCGCAUUCGAGCUGGGCAAGCCUGCCUCCCAUCCAGACAUCUUUGUUUUCAUCGGCCGCUGCAACAUAGUGCAACCUAUGUGGGUUGUCCCCAACAUAUUCUCUCUGUGUGGCCCGGAUGGUUGAUGGCAUUCAAGCAUUAUCCAUGGCUAUUGUAUUUGCUUGCUGGAGCUGUUACCCAGUGCUGAUUUUCUGUGUUGAUUUUGAGUGUGGGAGCAGGUUAUUUUUUAAAUACAACCACUUGACCUCAUCGCACGAUAAACACUGCUUAGAAGACUAAGACGAAACAGGGUUCCCAUUGGAGCCAAAUAGAAAUCUGAAGAGGAAAUAGCCUGAACUAGUACCUGGCAGUCUGUCUCGAAAAUUAUUUGCUUGCCGGAGCAACUUCUGCUGAAACAUGGACAAGUGAAAUCUGUAAUUUUUCUUGGCAUUACAUUACUCUGGAGGUGUAACUGGGUGGUUUGCAGUCAAUUAGUUUUUUUAUUUUUGAAAGGAAGAGACUGUAUUCCAUUAACUAUAUAUGCACACCUUGAUCCACAUACA